GCAUGCCCAAAUCACUGGAUGCCGCAUUCGUUCACGCGACGCAGGAUUGUAUUCGAAAUGGUAUGUGCGCCGUCCCCCGAACUCCAGUCUGACCAUCUCUCCACUACGGCCUUGCGCUCUGCCUCGCGCGUCGCACGUCAAACAUUCGGAAUGAUGACAGAAGCGACUUUGAAAGUCGCGGCGACACAUGUACCCGAAGACGGUGCCUUCGACCCGGCGAUCCUCGCGAUGGAACAAGCGGCGGCAGCGAAUGGACUUCAUUCGGAAUGGUGAUGUGUUCUCGCCGAGGAGCGUCGUGCUGCUGAAUGAGUAUGCUGCUGAGGAGGGAGUAGGUACUGGGAUAUACGGGGGACAUUGAGAAGGAGUUCGAUGACUUUGAUGCAGAGGAUGACCCGGACGAGGUUGGGCGCAUCGCGGUAAUGAGACGCCGUCGAGCGGCAAUGAAUCAUUAUUGUGCAUGAACCGGGCUACAUAGCUGCCACGCAAGGCCCUAUGAGCACUAGGUAAGUACAUUUAUACAGAGCAAUCCAUGAAUCUGGCCACUCAGCCGCCUCCCUCCGGGAGUCGGCUUCUUGACCUUCUGACUCACUGGCAGCAAGCAACUCGAGUUGCAGUCCCGUCUCUCUGAGGACUCAUACGGUAUGUAUGUAGAGUACAGUUGUAUUUGCGAGCGCACACCGCUACCGUAGCGUAGCACGGGCUUCGGC